AUGGAAUUGGAGUUUCUUCCCUUUUCUUUGAGCUUCCUUGGCCUUCUUCUUCUCUUCUUCUUCCUGCUUAUGGUAUGGAAGACAUUGUCAAAAACAUCUAAAAUUAGUGGAAAACUUCCACCAGGUCCAAGAAAGCUGCCUUUCAUUGGAAACAUUCACAACUUAUUUGGUGGACUUCCACACAUUGUCCUCAGGGAUUUGGCCAAAAAAUAUGGACCCUUGAUGCAUCUUCAGCUUGGUGAAGUUUCUACAGUGAUUGUAUCAUCAGCCGAGAUGGCGAAAGAAGUUCUAGUAACUCAUGAUCCUGUCUUUGCAAACAGGCCGGAUCGCCUUGCCAUCAACAUUAUGUGGUAUGACAAACAAGAUAUGAUUUUUACUCCGUAUGGAGACCAUUGGAGACAAUUGCGUAAAAUAUGCAUAAUGGAGCUUCUAAGUAACAAGAAUGUCCGGUCAUUUAGUUAUAUUAGGAAGGAUGAAAUCAUGAAACUAAUGAAAUCAAUUCGAUCUUCUCAAGGAGUGCCUGUUAAUGUUACAGAAAUGUUCUUCCGGUAUGCGACUUUUAUGACUUGCAGAGCAGCAUUUGGUACAAUUUCUAAAGACACUGAAACAAUGAUCAAGUGUUUGAAGGAGGCAAUGGUCUUAGCAGCAGGCUUUGAUGCAGCUGAUGUUUUUCCAUCCCUGAAAAUACUUCCUCUUAUCAGCGGACUGAAGCGUAAAUUGCUCAAGAUGCAUGACAAGAUGGACGAAAUUCUUGAUGAUGUGAUCAAUCAACAUAAACUGAACCAUAAAAGUGGAAAGAUGGGCAAUGCUGUGUCCGGAGAAGAAGAUCUUAUCGACGUUCUUUUGAGACUGCAGGAAAGUGGAAACCUUCAAAUGCCAAUCACAGACAGGAAUAUCAAAGGUGUACUUUUUGACAUUUUCACUGCUGGAACAGAUACUUCAUCUGUAACAAGUGAAUGGGCAAUGUCAGAAUUGAUGAAGCAUCCCAGGGUGAUGGCAAAGGCACAGGCAGAAGUAAGACAAGUCUGCAAGGGAAAGGAGACAAUUGAAGAGGAUGAUAUCCAGAAACUAGUGUACCUGAAGGUGGUAGUCAAAGAAGCUCUAAGGCUCCAUCCGCCUGGUCCAUUGAUUCCAAGAGCAAGCAGGGAAAACCGCGAGGUCAAAGGGUAUAUGAUAUCCAACAAAUCCCAUGUGUUGGUGAAUGCAUAUGCCAUAGCAAGAGAUCCAGAAUAUUGGGAUGAUCCAGAAAUGUUUAAACCAGAGAGAUUUGAUCAGAAAUCGGUUGAUUACACGGGAUCAGAUUUCCAAUUUCUUCCAUUUGGGACAGGAAGGAGGAUGUGCCCCGGCGUCACUUUUGGUGUGGCCAACAUUGAGCUUCCCUUGGCUCAUUUACUCUUCCACUUUGACUGGAGUCUUCCCAAUGGAAUGAAGCCCAAUGAUCUUGACAUGGAUGAAGCUGCUGGAUUAAGUAUAAAUAGGAAAAACAACCUUUACCUGGUUGCCACUGCAUACUGUCAUCCCAUGAAUUAGUGAAAUUAAGCAGAGAAAAAAUAAUUUGGAACUAAUCAAUCCAUGCAUCCAC